UGUGACCGCUGUGUUGUCGCUCAGUCAGCUACACCUGCCGGGAUUACACACAGCGGAGGAAGCUGCAGCUGCCGGGAGAGGAGGAUGGACACCACGGACCCAAGUGCUCAGAUAGAGCCGCUGCUGCCAACGGUCACUGCUCCUUUUGGCUCAUCAUCAGGGCGGGGAAGUUUGAGGAACGAUGAUGAGGCUGUGGUGGACAGAGGAGGAAUGCGAUCCCAACAAGGAACCAACGUCGAGCAGGAAGAUGUUGAAGGUCACAGGACCCUCUACAUAGGGGUCCACGUCCCCUUGGGCAGCACCAGGCACCGCAGCCAUCGUAGGCACCGUCACCAUGGGAAUAAGCUCAAGAAGAGGAGCAAGGACCGGACCCUCACCCUGGUGGAGGGUAGAGAGUCUCCUGUUUAUGACACUCCCUCCCAGAGAGUUCAGUUCCUCCUGGGCACCGAGGAUGACGACGAGGAGCACAUUCCUCAUGACCUCUUCACAGAGAUGGAUGAAAUCUGUGCGAGGGAUGGAGAGGACUCGGAGUGGAGGGAAAGUGCUAGGUGGCUGAAGUUUGAGGAGGACGUGGAGGACGGGGGAGAGCGGUGGAGUAAACCCUACGUAGCCACUCUGUCUCUGCACAGCCUUUUUGAGCUGCGAAGCUGCAUUCUCAACAGCACUGUGCUGCUCGACAUGAGGGCGAACUGCAUUGAAGAGAUUGCAGACAUGGUGUUGGACCACCAGGAGUUGUACUCACCACUGGGAGAUGAGCUCAGGAAGAAAGUGCAUGAAACGCUGCUGAAGCGCCACCAUCACCAGAACAAGAAGAAGAUGGCCAAUCGCCUGCCGAUUGUACGCUCCAUCGCCGACAUAAGUCGAAAGACAUCAGACAUGCACUUGGACAAGAACGGUCAGAUGAUGGCCUCCCAGUCUCACUUAGACGCAAAAGGGGACAUCAGUAGAGAGAACAGUGCCGUGGACUUUAGCAAGAUAGACCUGCAUUUCAUGAAGAAGAUCCCACCAGGGGCCGAGGCGUGUAACGUGUUAGUGGGAGAGCUUGAAUUCCUCAACAAGCCGGUUGUGGCGUUUGUCCGUCUUUCCCCGGCAGUGUUGCUCAGCGGGAUGUCGGAAGUCCCCAUUACAACAAGGUUUCUGUUUAUUCUCUUAGGGCCAAUGGGCAGAGGGCCUCAGUAUCAUGAGAUUGGAAGAUCCAUUGCGACACUUAUGACAGAUGAGGUUUUCCACGAUGUCGCCUAUAAAGCUAAAGACCGAAAUGAUCUGAUCGCUGGGAUUGACGAGUUCCUCGAUCAAGUGACAGUCCUACCUCCGGGAGAGUGGGAUCCAUCCAUACGGAUAGAACCACCAAAAAAUGUACCGUCUCAGGAGAAGAGGAAGAAAAGUAACAUCUUACCUAAUGGGUUGGUAGAGGGUGAAGAAGAAGAGGAGGAUGCUGGCCAUGGGGGUCCAGAACUAGAGCGAACUGGAAGGUGGUUUGGUGGCCUCCUCCUGGAUAUCAAGCGCAAGGCACCCCACUACCUGUCUGACUACACUGACGCUUUUAGCUUACAGUGUGUGGCCUCUUUCCUGUUCCUCUACUGUGCCUGCAUGUCUCCUGUCAUCACCUUUGGAGGACUACUGGGCGAGGCAACAGAAGGACGCAUAAGUGCAAUUGAGUCGCUGUUUGGAGCCUCACUGACUGGAAUCGCCUACUCUCUGUUUGCCGGGCAGCCCCUCACCAUUCUGGGCAGCACAGGGCCGGUGCUCGUGUUUGAAAAGAUACUGUUCAAGUUCUGCAAGGAGUAUGGUUUGUCCUAUCUAUCCCUAAGAACCUGUAUUGGUCUGUGGACGGCUUUCCUCUGUAUCCUGCUGGUGGCCACCGACGCAAGCUCCCUCGUCUGCUACAUCACACGUUUCACAGAGGAAGCCUUUGCCUCGCUCAUCUGCAUCAUCUUCAUCUAUGAGGCCUUGGAGAAACUCAUCCACCUGGGAGAGCACUAUUCCUUUAACAAAAACAACAACCUGGACAAACUCACAACCUACUCAUGUUCCUGCGUUGAGCCCUCUGACCCAAACAAUGGCACUCUGAGGUAUUGGGAAAUUAACAACGUCACUGCUUCAGAAAUCUACUGGGAAGCACUGGAGGUCAAGGACUGUGUUGAAAAGAGAGGGGAGUUUGUGGGCAGCGCCUGCGGCUCUCAUGGACCCUACGUUCCUGAUGUCCUCUUCUGGUGUGUCAUUCUUUUCUUCUCCACCGUCUUCAUGUCUGCUUUCCUCAAGGAGUUCAAAUUCAGCAACUACUUUCCCACAAAGGUGAGGUCCAUCAUCAGUGACUUUGCCAUAUUCUUUACAAUAUUCACAAUGGUCUUAAUCGACUAUGCCUUAGGGGUCCCUUCUCCAAAACUCCAAGUUCCCAGUGUGUUUAAGCCAACCAGAGAUGAUAGAGGUUGGUUCAUCAACCCACUGGGGCCUAACCCCUGGUGGACCGCAGUUAUUACAGUGCUCCCAGCUCUGCUCUGCACCAUCCUCAUCUUCAUGGACCAGCAGAUCACAGCCGUCAUCAUCAACAGGAAGGAACACAAACUCAAGAAAGGCUGUGGCUACCACCUGGAUCUCUUCAUGGUGGCGGUGAUGCUGGGCGUGUGCUCGUUGAUGGGCUUGCCCUGGUUUGUAGCAGCCACCGUCCUCUCCAUAUCCCACGUCAACAGCCUGAAGCUUGAAUCGGAGUGCUCGGCUCCCGGGGAACAGCCAAAGUUCCUCGGCAUCAGAGAGCAACGCUUCACCGGGCUCAUGAUCUUCACUCUGAUGGGCUGCUCUGUCUUCAUGACAUCCAUGCUGAAGUUUAUUCCUAUGCCUGUGUUGUAUGGAGUUUUCCUCUACAUGGGAGCAUCUUCCCUCAGAGGCAUUCAGUUCUUUGACCGUCUGAUGCUUUUUGGGAUGCCAGCUAAGCACCAGCCUGACUUCGUCUAUCUGCGGCAUGUCCCCCUGAGGAAGGUGCACCUUUUUACUAUCAUUCAGCUCAGCUGUUUGAUCCUGCUCUGGGUCAUCAAAACCUCCAGGGCUGCCAUCGUCUUCCCUAUGAUGGUGUUGGCUCUGGUGUUUAUCAGGAAGCUGAUGGACUGUUUCUUCACUAAAAGAGAGCUAAGCUGGCUGGACGACCUCAUGCCAGAGAGUAAGAAGAAGAAGCUGGAGGAUGCUGAAGAGGAGGAGGAGGAGCUGAGUAUGCUAGGAGAGGAUGAAGGAGUAGUGCAAGUGCCAUUAGAAGGGUACAAAGGAAUACCCGUCAUCAAUAUCACUGACGAAAUGUCAAAAGGUUCUUUUGGCAAUACUUGGACUGCCAACAGCUAAGACUAUUGAGACAAGACUUCUAGACAUUAUGUUCACUACCAAGCUCACCGUAUUUCACUGAUGUGUGAGAAGAGAAACGCUUGGUGAAGAAGGUUGAGGGCAGUGUUGUGCGUCUUUGUCACUGUCCCCUCUGUGUGCUCACGAACAAAUCUUUAUAGUGUGCUGCAUUGUACCAAUCCUUCAAGCUCAGCCAUGUAAAUCUCUCUGUGUUAGUGAAUAACUAUGUUAUCUGCUGUGUCUCAAGUUUUCUGCCUCUUCAUGAACCAGUGAACCCUCUUCUUUCCUGUAUUGUUAAUGUUAAUAAAUCUAGACACUUGAUUAUUUCAAUGAUUGUACACUACAAAAUAGGUAAGGUUGUUAUUUCUGAGAUUGUUUUCAAUUUUUGUUUUUGAAUCUCUUUGUAUUUAUUUUGUUAUAUUCUUUGUAUUUUGAAACAGCAUAAUACCAUAUCCUUGAGUUCAUGUCUAUUUAUUUACUGAUUCCCUAUUCUCUGUUAUUUAACUUAUUUAUAGACAUUGAUGUAAAAUGUAAUAGGAUGAUCUAGUAAAUACUAAAAAGUCUAACAUCAUUUCAAAGAUACAUAAGCCAUACGUUAACAUAUCAAAACUUUGACAUAAUGAAAGGCCUAUAAAAUAGAAUGUUGUCAUAUUUGUUUCUAGGAUAGGACCGUCAUGAUCCCAUGAUGUUGAUUCUGAAUGUUGAUAAUUGGGGCUUUAAAACUGAUAAAGGGCAAUAUAUGUACACCUCUUGUGAAAAAAUGCAAUAGCACUUUUAAAUUGAAUGUCAAUACUCUAUUUAUAUGAAAAGUUAUUCAGCUAUUUAUUUUGUGGAAUAAAAAAUAUAUGUUUGCUACAGAAAAAGAGAAUUAAAGUGUUCUGUCUCCUAUUGUCAGUGUAUUGCUCAUAAAGCAAAUUUAAUUUUGAAGAAUAUUCUAAGUUGUUAUAUGUUUAUGGAAAGUUUUGUGAAUCAUGAAUAAAGAUCCAUUUUAUCAUAGAGGUCAGUUUUCAAGUGGAGGACGACCUGGCAAUGGGUUAAUUAAUAAAGAAACAAAUCUACCAUG